AUGUCGUCGCCUGCGACGCACGAGAAUUUUUCCCAGUAUACGCUCCUGAUGAUAUCAGGGGGUCAAACUUUACUACCUGCCUCGGGAGAAGAAAGGUGUGCGAUCAAAGUGGAACCACGGCAGACUGAUCCCGAGGUGCUGAAUAGACAGCGCCCCGGGUCACCCCAACUUUUACGCUGCGUAAAAAGAACCCAUUUGGAAAGAGUGGAUUUCGAUUUCCCCCACAAGCAACAAUUUGUCGCGUCCGUCGCGCGCAGGAACGAGCGAGAGAGAAACCGCGUGAGACAGGUCAACGCCGGCUUCCAGACUCUUCGCCAGCAUGUGCCCAACGGAGCCACCAACGGGAAGCUCAGCAAGGUGGAGACGCUCCGGUCCGCCGUGGAGUACAUCCGAGCUCUGCAGCAACUUUUGCACUCAGGCCAGUCCAUCUCGGCGGCGUUUGAUAACUUAGAGGUGGCCUCCUCGCCUUCCGUCUCCAGCGGGCUCUCGGCGGGACCCGAGUCGCCCCACUCCACCUGCUCCUCGACCUCGGAGGAUGGGACCGGCUAUGGGACUUUACGCACCGAGGAACCCGAGCUCUUAGACUUCAGCGCCUGGUUGCACAGGUACACUGAGUUCUUGAAUAACUGA